UGUGUUAGUACUUUCGUGUAUUUUGCAGGGCGUGAAAGAGUUUGACAUUGGGCUCAUUUGAAGUCUGUUUGUCGCCACGCCUUUUCAGGUUGAACCUAAAUUCUCGGGACAACAAGGAACACAACAGCAGGUCCAUUAUGACAGGGAUGGCUUCGCAACUCGCAAAAAACAGGGCACGGGCAGCGGGGAUUGGGUCCAACGAGCAGGCGGUGAAGUACCUCAAUCAGGACUUCGACUUGCUCCGGAGUCAGUAUCUUGGGGCCGGCAGGCUGUUUGUGGAUGAAACCUUCCCUGCUGCUCCCGAAUCCCUAGGUUUUAAAGAACUUGGACCAAAUUCUUCCAAAACCCGCGGAGUGGUAUGGAAAAGACCAAAAGAACUGUGCUCCAAUCCCCAAUUUAUUGUUGGAGGAGCAACCAGGACUGACAUCUGCCAGGGAGCCCUGGGUGACUGUUGGCUCUUGGCUGCUAUUGCCUCUUUGACACUUGAUGAGGAUGUCAUGGCCCGGGUUGUGCCAAGUGACCAGAGCUUUCAAGAUAAAUAUUCUGGAAUCUUUCACUUCCAGUUCUGGCAGUUCGGCGAGUGGGUGGAUGUCGUAAUUGAUGACAGGCUACCCACUAAGGAUGGAGAACUGCUCUUUGUGCACUCAGCAGAGAAAAACGAGUUCUGGAGUGCCCUUCUAGAGAAGGCAUAUGCCAAGGUAAACGGUUGCUAUGAGGCUCUGUCUGGUGGUUCAACCACUGAAGGCUUUGAAGAUUUUACUGGUGGUAUUUCAGAGUUGUACGAGCUGCACAAACCCCCCAAAAACCUCUUUAUGAUCAUCAAGAAAGCCCUAGACCGGGGAUCUCUUCUGGGAUGCUCUAUUGAUAUCACCAGUGCUUCUGAAACAGAGGCAGUCACCUUUCAGAAGCUGGUGAAGGGCCAUGCCUACUCACUGACUGGAGCAACAGAGGUAAAUUAUCGAGGUCGCACUGAACAGUUGGUCCGAAUAAGAAACCCAUGGGGACAGGUGGAAUGGACUGGAGCAUGGAGUGACAACUCAUCUGAAUGGAACGCUGUAGAGCCAUCCCAACGGCAAAACAUUAAAGCUGAUGAUGGAGAGUUUUGGAUGUCCUUUACUGAUUUCAUGAGGCAUUAUUCACGCGUGGAGAUUUGCAAUUUAACUCCAGACACACUAACCAGUGAUGAAAUCAAGAAUUGGAGUGUGUGCCAUUAUGAUGGCAGCUGGAGGAGAGGUUCAACAGCUGGCGGCUGCAGGAACAACCCAUAUACAUUCUGGAUGAACCCCCAGUAUGUGAUUAAGCUAGAAGAGGAGGAUGAUGAACACCAUGGCCAUGAGACAGGAUGCAGCUUCAUUGUGGGCCUCAUUCAGAAGAACCGCAGAAGAAUGAGGAAGAUGGGGGAGGACAUGCACACGAUUGGCUUUGCCAUCUAUGAGGUCCCCAAACAGUUACAUGGUCAACUGAACGUCCAUUUAGACAAGAACUUCUUCCUCAGUCAUGCCCAGACUGCCCGAUCUGAGACCUUCAUUAACAUGCGAGAAAUAAGCAACCGUUUCAAGCUGCCUGCUGGAGAGUACUUAGUCGUUCCUUCCACCUUUGAAGCUAACAAAGAUGGAGACUUCUGUUUACGUGUCUUCUCAGAAAAGCAGUCCACUGCAGUGGCCUGUGAUGAUCCUGUUGAUGCCAAGCUUGAUGAUCAGGAACUUGUCCCAUUGAGUGAAAUUGAUGCACAGUUCAAGAAUCUGUUUACCAGGCUGGCAGGGGAGGACAUGGAAAUCUCUCCACAUGAACUCAGAACUAUACUAAACAAUAUUGUAUCAAAGCGCACUGAUAUCAAAACUGAUGGGUUCUGUUUGGACACCUGCAGAACUAUGGUCAAUCUUAUGGAUACAUCUGGAAACGGUAAACUUGGACUGCAGGAUUUUGCAACAUUGUGGAAGAAAAUCCAGAAAUACCUGGAAAUCUAUAAGAAGAAUGAUCUGGACCAUUCUGGUACAAUGAGCACACCAGAAAUGCGGGCAGCUUUAAGAGAUGCAGGUUUUACCUUGAACAAACGUAUGCAUGAAGUUAUUAUUGCACGAUAUGCAGAACCAGACCUGACCAUGGAUUUUGACAGCUUUGUUCUUUGUUUAAUUCGUCUUGAGCAUAUGUUUAGAAUCUUUCAACAUCUGGACAGUGCAAAGAAUGGAACUGUGGAGCUAAACUUUUUCCAGUGGAUCAGCCUUACAUUGAUCUAGAGGACUAACCAGGGGAAUUGCUGAUACAAAUUUAAUUUGAGGAUAAAGCAACAUUUUAUUAGAUCCCUACAUAACCACUACUUUUAAACAUGCAUAUGCGUGGGAAUGUCAUUUGGUUUGCAUUAUAUUACUGUUUGUUUUGUUGUUUUUUUAAAUGGGCUGAAGUAAUAAACAUUUUUUGGGUGAUAAUCAUUUCGAUUUUUGUUCCUAAACAUUUUUGCAUUUAUUGAUUAUGCCAAUAUCCACAUUUUGAUACUUUGGGCAGUCCUUAUGUUUACUUAAGGAAUAUUCUGUUUUCUUCUCACUUCUUCGCUGUUGUGAAAGGUGCAUAGCAAUAGUGUUGCCACAUCUGCUAUUAUAAGAAACCAGACAGAUCAGCAGCAGUGCAGCAUCCCAGCUCUUUAAUGCCAGGUUUGAUUCUUGGUUCAAGUGCCUUGCAAUUGAAGUUUGCAUGCUUCACCCUUCCACAUACCUGAGCUUUUUGUUUAUAUUUCAUUUUACUCUAAUAGACCAAAGUCAGUUUGACUAGAGGUGCUAAAUUGUUCUUUGGUUUAUGGGUGUCUUUUUAUAUCACCCAAUACUGUACUGUAUCAACAUAUUUUAUUAUAAAAAGAGAAAUGUACAAUAAAAGAAGAAUUAAACCUUCUGGUCAAUUGAAAUGGUGCUCAACACCUUUAGUCUGUUCUAUUUGUUCCUAAAAUAAUGUAAUACUAAAUGUUUAAUUAAAUAAAAGUACACUGAACAAAAUGA